CCGAUAAAGUCGUUACUACAAUUUCAGAAGUGGGAUACCCUAUUUUUUUGUCCCUAUAAGUAGAAACGAUAAUCGGUUUAAAUGUCUCGCCUUCGUAGAAGUCCGACUCGAAUCCGUCAAGAGCCAGCUGUUCUUGCUGAAAUCGACGAAGAAGUUGAGAAUGGCUCAAGUCAAUCUGUAUGCCCUUCAGAUUCAGCAAAUCAAAUUGCCGACACCCAAGCAAUACGAAAUACCGGUGACGAGGUUCAACAAGUUCCCAUGUCGCUCAUUUCACCCGCUGCGCAAAUAAUGAAUAAUUAUAAUCAAACUCCAAUGCACCCGGACGAUGUUAAGAAGUUGGUUCCUUUAUUCAACCCUGAUGAAACUACGUCAAAUCUGUGGCUGGAUGUUUUAGAAAAUUUGAAGAAAAUUUAUGCUUGGCCAGAUUCUUCCGUUCUUCAUUACGCUGUGACCAGGUUAGGAGAGGUUCCACGUCUGUGGUAUGAAGCCGUACGUGUUAAGAUUGCUAGUUGGGAAGAUUUUAAAACAGAAUUAAGAAAAGGAUUUCCAAAUAUCGUUGACGAAGCAGAUGUUCAUUUUCGGUUGAUGAAGCGUUUAAAAAGGUUAGACGAAAGUUAUGAAAAAUACGUGUACGAAAUAAUGGCAAUCGGGAGAACAGUCAACCUCAGCGAAUCAGCUCUUGUCAAAUAUGUGGUCCAUGGAAUUCAAGACAUUUCCCUUCAAGCGAUGUUGUCUAUGCAGAAAUUUGAUUCGGUCAUGGAGAUAAUUGCUUGUUUGAAACGGUUCGAGUCUUUGAAUGUUAUGAAGCAUCCUCAAAAUUUUCAACAGUCAACUGUAGAUAACCGUUGGGUUUGCCAUAAUUGCAAUGAAGUUGGUCACAUUUCUAGAAACUGUAUGAAAACGGCUGUCAAAUGCUCACAGUGUGGUCGAUCUGGUCAUCUUUUCAAGUUCUGUCGUGGUGGAGCCCCAAAUCAUUUCAAUCAGAAUUUGGACUUAGGACAUUCCAAACCUACGACCACCGUCUACACAUCGAAAUUUGGUUUUCAAGCUGCUGAUGUUAAUCGAGGAAGCACUGCAGGCUAAGGUAGUCCCGGACGAGACCAUGUACCCGGAUUGUAUUAUUGGACGCGAUUUUAUUCGAGAAAAUGAUGUCAAAAUUAUUCAUGAGCGGGACUUGAUAACAAUUCAACGAAAAUCAUUUUUCCACAAAAACAAAUCUGACAAUAUUGAUGAAGCUAAGAAUUUUCUUAAUGA